AUGCGCUGGACUCUCGACAAUGAGCACGUGUUGUGGCGCACCAUCUUUGAGACACAGAGUCUGACUCUCGACCUUGACAAAAUCGCUGACGCCUGGCCUGGCGAUGAGAAACCAACUGCGCGUGCCAUCAAGGAGCACCUGGAAAAGUUCCGCAGGAAUCUUACCUCCGGCAACACGGUGACCUUCAGCAUGAAGCCCAAGCGCCCCGCAGAGGCUUCGGGCGCCUCUCCGAGCCCCCGUAAGAAGCGGGCGACUAAGAAGCAAGACGCGACCAUCAAGUCAGAGGAACAGCUAUCUUCGGACCAAGUGAUCAAGGCUGAAGACGCCGAGUAA